AAGCGUGAUGUCUGGAAGAGGCAAAGGAGGCAAAGGCCUGGGAAAAGGCGGAGCGAAGCGGCACCGCAAAGUGCUCCGUGAUAACAUCCAGGGCAUCACGAAACCAGCCAUCCGGCGCCUGGCUCGCCGUGGCGGGGUCAAGCGCAUCUCGGGCUUGAUCUACGAGGAGACCCGCGGGGUGCUGAAGGUUUUCCUGGAGAAUGUGAUCAGGGAUGCGGUGACCUACACUGAACACGCCAAGCGCAAGACGGUGACUGCCAUGGAUGUGGUGUACGCUCUGAAACGCCAGGGCCGCACGCUGUAUGGAUUCGGCGGCUGAGCAACUCGUCCCUUUUCCAGCGACCCCAACGGCUCUUUUCAGAGCCACCCAAACCCUCCGAUUGAGAGCGGAGACCCGAGGAUGGGAAAAGGCAGCACAUAUGGAGGAGACAGUGUACUGCAGCUGGUUAUUUCACAUUUUUCGCGACUUUUAAUUUUGGCUCAUUCCAUUACAAAAAUACACUAAUUUCGUGUCCAAUGUUAGAGAAAGAUCAAGCAGUGAGAACGGAGACCUGAGCACAGGAAAGGCAGCACACAGCGAGGGUGUACUGUGCCGCAGCCGGAUUUCAGAUCUCGAUUUGUAAUUUCGCCCUGAUGCUAAAUGUUACAUAUUGCAGUUUUUCUAUUUCAUUCCUCCCAGGAAUUCAGUUCAGUUUUCAUUCAAGGAAGCAUGCAGAUAUUUUAAUGACUUGUUACCCUCUGUGACAGUUUUCGGACUAUUUAUAUCUGGGUGAAAUAAAAAUGAGCCGAUUAAUUGAGAUUGUGUAGCUUUAGUACCCUGUUAGCUUUGAAUAUGCUUAAAUCGGCGGUGUUUUUUAGAUUCAUUAACGGGGGGUAGGCGGCCGGUUGAUUCGUUUAUCUGGGCUUUGUUAAAACACCCCGCUUUACUCCUGCUUGUUAGAGACAGAUCAGGCAAUGAACCCGCGUCUUUUCCGCGUUAACUGUAAGUUUGGUUUUUAAA